AAUCGAGGCGAUAUCGGCCUCUGCGAAACAGCUGUUCUCCCAUGACCCUGCCCCUCACUAAGUCUGUAUCCAUGCUCGCCAUCAGCCAGAGAGACAUCGAUGGUAUGAGGUCUUUUUCCAGCACCUCUGGGUCACUAGCAUACAGUAUAUCAGAGGAGGAGCCUGGGCCUCUGCGGAGCGACACUGAAGGGAAGAGUGUGACGAAAGUCAGCCGGACUUUCAGCUACCUCAAGAACAAGAUGUACAAAAAAACCAGGGAGAAGGAGCGAGACAAGAGGGAGAAAGACAAGGAAGGCAAAGAGAAGGACAAGAAGACAGUGAACGGUCACCUGUUCACAGCAGUUGGCUCAGGCCACGCCUCUCAUUGUUCCCAGUGCAGCAGAGCUAUCACCAGCAAAGAGGCAUUCCAUUGCACACACUGUAAUGCUUCCGUCCACAAGGGCUGCAGGGACAGCCUGCCUGUUUGUGCCAAGGUGAAGAUGAAGUUGCCCAAGCAGCAGUUUGCUGUCCCAGAUUCAAGCUCCUUUUCUACAGUCACCAUGAGGAACAAAUCUGGUGGGACAAGGGAGCGCCCGUGGUCGGUCAUCUUGUCCCCUGAAGAUCACUCCUCUCUGAUGAUCCCAUCGUCUAGGAGACCAACCAGUAUCAUGAAUUUCCACAGCAACAACCUGUCCAAGAGUUUGUCCAUAAGCAACAUCGCUGGUCCGGUGUUUGAUGAGAUGCCCAUUAAAGGUCUGCGGUAUCUCUCUCAGUCCACUGACUCCCUCAACAGAACCAACCAGGUCACAGAGUCCAUGGAAUCACUCACUGAUGAAGGGACGGAGAUGAUGGAUGGGCAGCUGAUGGGUGAGUUUGAGGCCGAGGCAAAGGAGCUAGAAGCUGAUUCGUGGAGUUUGGGCGUGGAGCAGCAGUACCUGCAGCAGCUGGACAAAGAGCUGGUGAAGAGACAAGAUGUCAUCUACGAGCUGAUGCAGACGGAGAUGCAUCACAUCCGGACGUUGCGCAUUAUGUCAGAAGUGUUCAGUAAAGGCCUUCAGAAGGAGGCACAGCUGGAGCUCCAGACAGUGGAGAAGCUGUUCCCUGCUCUAGACGAGCUCCUGGAGCUCCACACGCAGCACCUCCUGCGCCUCCUGGAGAGGAAGAGAGAGUGUCAGCUAGAAGGUGGAAACGUGGAUGCAGGAUUCAUCAUCAACAGGAUAGGAGACAUCCUGGUCAACCAGUUCUCUGGCUACAACGGUGAAAGUAUGAGGAGGAUUUACGGAAGAUUCUGCAGUCGCCACAACGAAGCAGUCAACUUGUACAAGGACCUGCUGACCAAAGACAAACGCUUCAAAGCCUUCAUUAAAAAAAAGAUGAGCAGCAGCAUUGUGCGGAGGCUUGGUAUCCCAGAAUGCAUCCUGCUGGUGACCCAGAGGAUAACAAAGUACCCGGUGUUGAUUCAGAGAAUGCUACAGCACACUAAAGAGGGUGAGGAAGAAUACGAUGACCUGACUGAUGCUGUGCGGCUUGUGAAGGAGGUGAUCGCAGCGGUGGACAGCAAGGUGAAUGAGCACGAGAAAAGGCGGCGUCUGAAGGAGUUCCAUGGUCGCAUGGACAGCAAAUCCAUCAUGAUGACAAAGAGCGGUCAGAUCUUCGCGAGGGAGGAUCUGCUGAGGAGGAGGCUGAUCCACGAUGGACCUCUGCAGCUGAAGAACAGCCAGGGAAGGUUAAAGGAUGUUCAAGCUCUUCUCCUGUCAGACGUCUUUGUCUUCGUCCAAGAAAAAGACCAGAAAUAUGUCUUCGCCAUGCUGGACCAGCGCUCCACGGUCAUCUCCCUCCAGAAGCUGAUCAUCAGGGAGGUCGCUAACGAAGAGCGCGGCCUGUUCCUCAUCACGACGGGCAUCGAGAAGCCAGAGAUGAUGGAGGUCCUGGCCAGCUCCAAAGAUGAACGCAACACCUGGAUGCAGCUCAUCCAGGACGCCAUGCAGUCCAUGGACAGAGAUGAGGAUGAAGGGAUUCCCAGUGAGACAGAAGAUGACAAGAGACAACUAGAGACUAAAGCCAAGGAGAUGAGAGAUCUGCUGAGGCAGAAAGACACAGAGAUCAUGUCCCUGUUGGAGGAGAAGGUGCGGCUCUUCAGGGGCAUGUGGGAGGGAUUAAAUCCAGCCAUGGAGGCCUGCCAGCAGGUCGAGCCUUUCUUCAGAUCAGCCUGCAGCCUGGAGCCCCCCAGGGGGGCGUCCAUCAUGAAGGAUGCCCUGCAGGAAGUGGAGACGUUACAGGCACUGGUGAACGGCAGUCUGGGCGGAGCGAUGGCCAAUAUCCAGGAAGGAGGAGGGGUGGGGCCGGUGUGUCUGCCGCGUCGCGCCGAGACUUUCGGAGGCUUCGACAGUCACCAGAUGCACAGCAGUAAGAGUGGAGACAGAGACGAGGGUGAGGAUACAGCGGGAGAUCUGCGCAGGACGGAGUCUGACAGCGUUUUGAAGAAGGGAGGAAAUGCCAACCUGCUGCUGCUGCUGAAGAGGAACAGUGAGCAGGUCCUUCACAGUGUCUCCAAUCUGCAUCUGCUGCUCAGCACCUUGCAGGCGGUGGUGGUCCAGCAGGACAGCUUCAUAGAGGACCAGCGGCAGGCCCUGAGUGAGCGCUCCUCCUCCUGCACGUCUUUGACGCGGCCAUCCUCGCGGCCCAGCUCCCUGAUUGAGCAGGAGAAGCAGCGCAGCCUAGAGAAGCAGCGGCAGGAGUUGGCGUCUCUUCAGAGACAGCAGGCAGCUCAUGCUGAGGAGAAGAGGAGGAGGGAGAAGGAGUGGGACAUCAGAGAACAGCAGCUGACUGAAAAAGAGCUGCUGGUGCACAUACAGGAGGAGGAGGUGCAGAAGCAGCACAAGAAGGUGGAGGACGAGAGGAGGGAGCUGCAGAGAAAGAAGGAGGAGUACCAAAAAGACCUGGAGAGGCUGAGGGACGCACAGAGGAAGCUGGAGAGGGACAGGGAGGCUGUGCAGCGGCAUGUCGACAAGAUGGAGGAGCUCCGUCUGGCUGAAAGGACUCCCUCUACGACGUCUGAUGAAUCCCAGUUCCCCAGCAGCUCCCAGUCUCUGGAGUCGGACUCACUGGAGCUCUCCUCCUCCUCCUCCUGCUCCCUGCCCAGGCUGCAGCCCCAGCAGUCCAAACCCAAGGGAAAAGGCCUCAAUCCCUUCACCUUAUCCUCCACCAACACCAACCUCAAGGGGGGCGAAGCGAACAACCAGAUCUCGAAGAGCCUUCUGCAGCUGGCCAAGAGCAAGAGCAAAGAGGGGAAGGAGAAGAAGAAGAAGAAGGGCAAAGGAGGGAGUGCACAGACGGCAGACGCCCAGCACCGCCCCGAGCCUCCUCUCGAUGGAGAGAUCUUCUUCUGCUGAGAGAAGCGGUACCUCAUCAUCAUCAUCAUCAUCAACCCAUCAUUCCAUUCUGACAUCCAGAGGAACAUGUUCUUGCAGUAGUAACACAAAAUGCUGCAGUGUACUACCAGGCUUUUCAGCACCUUUGAAUUUACAUUAAAAAGACUCAUUGGUUACUUUUCCCUAUUAGAUCAUAUAAGAGAUUAACGUCACAGGCAAAGGUUUUUAAAUCAAACACCACAUUUUUUCGUUUCUGGAAAGAAGAAUAUUUUUGGGAUUCUGUUAUCGUAGGAGAAUAGGCCCACAUACACUCACAGCUUAUUCAAAUAGGAAGCAUGGAUUAGCUGUGCACAUUUAGAUAGUCUUUGUCCAAAAACCCUGUUUCCUUUUCCAAAGAAGUCAUUAUGAUUUUGAAGAAAAAAAUGUUUUUUAAUGACAACUCACAGUGAAACGUCUCACAGUGGGUUGCCUCCACAUCUCCACCAACUAUCCUGACUGCCUUGUCAUCACUCUCAACUCCUCAGCCUUUUUUCAGCAGUCCGUCCUGGCAACGACCGCAAAUCACUGUUGAUAUAAGUUGGAGAAUCAUGGGGAUUUCACCUCUCAUAAACAGAUGCAGACACAUCUAAGUGCAAGUUGAAACAGAUGAAUGUAAACGUUGCAGUGGAAAACGCCUCUGUCCUGAUCACCUUCAUUAAUCACAGAGGGCUGAAACCACAUCUGCCGAAACUCUGUGUCCUAGCAACAUUUGCCCAUGUUUGUUCCAGUGAUUCUUUCCAAAGUGCUUCUGUAUAAAUCCUCACUGAAGAAAGAAAGAAAAAUGGAGCCUGACAUUCCUUUACAUGCAAUUUGAAAAGCAGAUGUGAUUAGGGGCUCUAACUUUGUCUCCAGUUUUCUGAGCGAUGAUAACUUCAGCACUCGUUGACAAUGAUUUGAUGCCAUCAGUCACGAUCCUCUAUGAGGUUUGAAUGUAUUCAAAUUGUUGAUAUCUCCAGUCUGGAGUGAAACCCUUCAGAUGGUCGUGUCUGUUUUUCCCAGACUUAACAGCAAUGAAAGGAUUGAGCCAUAUCUGCCUGUGUCUAAUGGCUCAAUUCAUAUCUUUUAGUGUGUUGUAGAGCCUUGGACGGAUAUUAGCUUGAUCCUCGUUUUAUCUGCCUGUCAAUGGGCUUUUAUGCAGCCCUCAUCUUUCAUCUGAGUGCAGACAAGUGCAGGGUUUUCUUCAUGUUUUUUAAUUGCAUGUGACUCUGCAGGUAGCAUACUGAUGGCCUCUGUCUGUUAAAUAGUUUAACUUUCUCUUUCAGUAAACCCGGUAGAUGCACACAUCUGAUAGUUCUAGGAACUGGAGGCCACAGCUGGUUAGCGUAAAUGAGAAGAGACAUGUUACCGGUUCCUGUUCAAUGACAAAAAUCAUUUCAAAUGAGUCAACACACAUCAGUGUUGUUAAGCACUUUGGUCCUAACAUGUUGAUACAUUUAGUUUUUUAUCAGUAUGAAAGAUCCGCAUUGUAUAGUAUGGAGUAUAGUAGAGCGCUCUGACGCUCAUGAAAAGCAACAAUGAUCCAAAGUGAGAUAAUUUGUUAAAAUACAUUAAGGAUGAUGCAGUUAGUGUAGAAUUAAAAAUGGGGCUUGUAGCUUUUAUUUAAUGUUUCCAAGGUGACCUGGGAAACAUUUUACGCCUGUGUUUAAGCCCCACUGAGCCCGUAGUGGGCCACACAACUACCUGCUGGACAGGUAGCAAAUAAAAACUGAACAUGAUUGGGGGAAAAAACGACUCUCUCUGUGGAAUUACAGAGCAGCAUCAAUGAUCUGCUUCUUUACUGCCUCUUUUGUCUCAUGUUUAAGUGCUUGAUUGUUAACUCGCUGUCCGUGCUGAGGAUUUGACUUCAUGUCCAGGCAGUUUAUUAUAGUGUGUCUUCUAAGAGGCUUACAGGGCCAGCCAAUUAGUUGCUUCAUGUCUUUUGUUUAUGGCUUUGGUGUAAUCCUUACAAAGAAACAGAGAGGAAUGGGCUUCUUUCUUCCUCUGUAGCUUUAGGUGUCAUUUGACCACUAGGGAGCACUGCACCUAUGACUAAAUGAGACCCGUCUCUUACACAACAAUAACAACUAAAAGUGUGGGGUUUUUUUUCUUUUUCCUUUUUUUUUAAUAUUCUCCCUACUAUGCAAAAUUGACAUAUUUUUCUCAGCGGGUCAUUGCCAUACAGAGAUAAUGUGAUGAGCGUGGGCUCUCACACUCUGACAUUUUCCCCACGGCAUUUAUAAUUGACUGCAGAAACAAAUAAGUUGUCAGAGAUUGUAAUUGGUUAUUCAGUGAAACCAGUCAGCAGCAGCUUUAAUGUGGAGGGGGGAAAAGAAGAACUAACGGUUGGAGGGAGCGACCGGGCGGAACCACAAACCUCUCUCUGUAAGGGACAAUCAGUAGACGCGAGUCAGGAAAAUGAACUCCUUCCCCGAUGAUGAUAGGCCUGUCCAUGAGAUGAGUGUGUCCAUCAGGUGAACCCUGCGUAGCCUUAAAUCUUAACAAUAAAAUGCACUAGAGUAGAAACUAGCAUCUUCUCAGGAGAGAGGAGAGCUUUUAUACCUCGGCUUUGAAACGAAGGAAAUGUUUGUACUAUAAAAAUAAAGUGGUACAUAACUGUUUUAUUCUCAACAUUGUAAAAAAAAAAAAAAAAAAAGGGCAAAUGUGUAAAUAUGAUUUCUGUAUAAAACAAAUCAAAUGUAAAAAAAAUGAAUUGUUCCAUUUGUGAUUUAAUGCAACAUUUUGUAAGAAUGUUUUAUUUAUGUUUUAUUCUCACCGUUUGGGUGAUAAACAAUGUAAAGUCACAUUUCACU